AAAAAAAUUAGAUCGACGAACUUUGCGCCACGAAAUUCAUUCCCGAACAAAAAUAUAUACAAAACGAUAAUGGCUAAUAAUGACGUGGAUGAACUUUUUGAAGUCAAAAAUUCGUUUUAUAUUGGAAACUUUCAACAUUGCAUAAAUGAAGCACAAACAUUAUCUUUAUCCUCCUCUGAAUUGCGACUUGAAAGAGAUGUAUUUUUGUAUCGCGCUUAUAUUGCCCAGAAUAAAUUUGGGUUAGUUCUUGAUGAAAUAAAAUCUUCUUCACCCCCUGAAUUACAAGCUGUACGUAUUCUUGCUGAUUAUUUUCAAAACAUUUCUAAAAGAAAACAAAUUUUAAAACAGCUUGAAGAGAAAUUAAAAGGAAGCAACUUCAGUGAAUACUUUCUGUUGAUAGCUGCUAUAAUAUACUUUCAUGAACAAGAUACAGAUUCAGCUCUGCGCUGUCUUUAUCAGUCUACUGCACUAGAAUGCGCUGCUUUGUCUGUACAAAUUUAUAUAUCAAUGGACAGGCUUGAUCUUGCUAAAAAAGAGCUCACAAGAAUGCAAGGUAUGGAUGAAGAUGCAACUCUUUCUCAGCUUGCAACAGCAUGGUUCAAUUUGGCAGUUGGUGGUGAAAAAGCACAAGAUGCAUAUUAUAUUUUUCAAGAACUUUGUGAUAAAUAUACACCUACAGUUGCUCUUUUGAAUGCACGAGCAUCUUGUUAUAUUAGAAUGGGAAAAUUUGAAGAUGCUGAAAGUUCCCUGCAAGAAUCUCAAGAGAGGGACAGCAACAACCCAGAAACAUUGAUUAAUAUGGCUGUUCUUGCACAGCAUCUUGGCAAAGCACCUGAAGUGAGCAAUAGAUUUAUUGCACAAUUAAAAUCAGGACAUGAAGCAAAUAGAUUUACUAAAGACUAUAUUGCAAAGGAAGAAGAUUUUAAUCGAAUUGUCAGCAGCUACGCCGCUUCGGUAAAAGCUCGAUGAGAUAAUUGUAUUUUUUUAAAAAGUUGUUUAUAAAAUCUAGUAAGCGGA